UCCCUGGCGGGUCCUCUGUGCGCAUGCGCAGUGGCUCUCGGCUGUCAGGGGCUCAGACUGACAGUAUGGCGGCGGAGUGCAGCCGUAAAGAUGCUACUGUCGCCCGUCAUGUUCCUGUCGCGGGCAGCACGUAAAAGGACUACUGACGGCGGAAAGAGAAGAGAAUUCAUCGAGAGCGGCCCGUCGCCUUGAGCUCCAGAGAUGGCCCGGCUCGCCGACUACUUUGUUGUGGUGGGAUACGACCUCGACAACCGAGUGGAGGGUGAGGGUCAAGGUCGCAUUCUUCAACGGUUUCCUGAGAAAGACUGGGAGGACAGCCCGUUCCCACAAGGCGUAGAACUGUUCUGUCAGCCCAGCGGUUGGCAGCUGGUUCCUGAGCGGCAGCCAGCCUCCUUCUUUGUUGCAGUUCUGACUGACAUCAACUCGGAGCGUCACUACUGUGCCUGCUUUACUUUCUGGGAGAGUUUGGACAACCCACAGCUGAAGAAGAAUGAGGCCGGGGAGGCAGAUGAGGCAGAUGAAGAUCCGGCUGUCAUCCAACCAGCUAAAGUCUUUGCCCCCAAGAGCCUGGUUCUGGUGUCUCGACUGGACUACACUGAGGCAUUUAGGAACUGUUUGGGUCUGAUCUACACAAUUCAUGUCGAUGGCCUGUCCACCACCUUGGAAACUGUGAUUGGAAACCUACUGACCUGUAUCAUCCCCAUCGCUGGAGGCUCUCAGACAGACGAGCCUCCAGUUUGUAGAUUAGGCAAAGUUCCUCAUGUCUUGCCCUGUGACUGGGUGCUGGCCUGUCUCCAGCCCAGCCAUGAGGAAAAUGAAGAUAGUUUGAGAACUAUAACGUUAGGCGCUGGUGACCGGCAAGUCAUCCAGACUCCCAUCAAUGACUCUCUUCCUGUCAGCGGCUGCAGUGUGGCUCAGCUAUUCAGGCAACUUGGUAUAGUCAACGUGCUGUAUCUGUUCUGUGCUGCCCUGACAGAACACAAGAUCUUGUUCCUGUCCAGCAGCUACCAAAGGCUAACCGACGCAUGCCGAGGUCUUCUGGCCAUCAUGUUCCCACUCAAAUAUAGUUUUACCUACGUUCCCAUAUUGCCUGGAAAACUGCUAGAGGUCCUAAGCACUCCCACCCCAUUCAUCAUCGGGGUCAACUCCUUCUUUCGCUCUGAGACACAAGAACUGUUGGAUGUAAUCAUUGCUGACCUGGACGGAGGCACGAUAAGCAUCCCUGAAUGUGUUCACAUCUCCCUGCUGCCUGAACCGCUCCUACAGCAGACCCAGACUGCACUCUCCAUGGUUUUGGACCCAGAGCUGGAAGUUGCAGAUCAUGCCUUCCCUCCACAAUCAACCCAACCCUCUGCUCUCAAGAUCCAGGAUAAGGAAAUCCGAGCGGUCUUCCUGUGGCUGUUUGCUCGACUCUUCCAGGGCUACCGCUGGUGUUUACAUAUAAUCCGCAUUCACCCAGAGCCUGUGAUCCGCUUCCAUAAGGCAGCCUUCCUGGGUCAGAGGGCGCUGACAGAGGACGACUUCCUCAUGAAGGUGCUGGAUGGCAUGGCGUUCGCAGGCUUCGUGUCAGAGAGGGGUCCUCCCUACCGACCCAUCGACCUGUUUGAUGACCUUGUCGCCAACCAGGUGGAGCGGAUCCGAAGAGAAGAGGCCUGCCCACAAAAAGUCCUGAACCACGUCAAGGAGCUGGCAGAGCAGCUCUUUAAAAACGAGAACCCUUACCCCGCUGUGGCCAUGCACAAGCUCCAGAGACCGUCUGAAACCAGCCAGAACCCCUCCCAGAAUCAGACCCCCUUCCCUGUUUUAGACGAGGUGGCAGUGCAGCUCUUCAUCGAUCACGCCGCCUCCAAGCUCAAGAACGCGCCUCCUGUGGUCAAGGCAGAGAUCAAGAGCAUGGUGCCGUCAGGACCACCACUAGGAGACAUCGUGGACAGGAACAGUAACGUGAUGGCUAACAGCGCUCGCAGACUGGAGGUGGUCAGGAACUGCAUCACGUACAUAUUUGAGAACAAAAUGCUAGAGGCCAAGAAGUUAAUGCCAGCAGUACUGCGAGCGCUGAAGGGUCGGACAGCCCGAGUCUGUUUAACCCAGGAGCUAAACCAACACGUCCUUCAGAACCGAGCCGUGCUGGAUGACCAGCAGUUUGACUACAUUGUCCGCAUGAUGAAUUGCACCUUACAGGACUGUUCACAUAUGGAUGAACAUGGCAUCGCGUCAACCCUGCUUCCCCUCAUCACUGCCUUCUGCAGAAAACUGGGAGCAGGUGUCACCCAGUUUGCCUACAGCUGUGUCCAGGAGCACAUGGUGUGGACCAACAUGCAGUUCUGGGAGGCCAUGUUCUACAGUGACGUCCAGAACCACAUCAAGGCUCUGUAUUUAGAGACRGAGAAUGGAGAUCAGCUCAACAACUCUGGCCAACAGGACGCGUCGGGCAGCAGGGAAAUCAGUGCCUUGGAGCUGGCAGCAGAGCAGAGCCGGCUGUGGCCGACCCUCAGCAAGGAGCUGCAGAUGGAGCGCGUGCAGAAGGAGGAGAGCACGGUGUUCAGCCAGGCCAUCCACUACGCCAACAGGAUGAGCUACCUGCUGCUGCCGCUGGACACCAGCAAGAACCGGCUGCUGAAGAGCACCGGCCUCGGAGACGUAGAGAGCAUCAGCAACAGCUACGUCACUAACAGUAUUGCAGGCAGCAUGGCAGAGAGCUAUGACACAGAGAGUGGCUUUGAAGAUGCAGAAAGUUCUGAUGUGGCCAACUCCGUGGUGCGUUUCAUCAACCGUUUUGUUGAUAAAGUUUGCAAUGAGAGCGGCGUGACAAACGAACACCUGAAGGCCCUCCACACUAUGAUACCAGAUAUUGUUCAGAUGCACAUCGAGACGCUGGACGCAGUCCACAGGGAGAGUAAAAGGCUGCCUCCCAUCCAAAAGCCCAAGCUGCUAAGACCAACCCUGUUACCUGGAGAGGAGCUGGUGAUGGACGGCAUGCGGGUUCACCUGAUCCCAGAUGGCCGAGACGAAUCAACGGGACAGAUGGGAGGGCCGCCUCUUCUUCCAGCGGAGGGCGCCAUCUUCCUGACUACUUACCGCCUUAUCUUCAAGGGCACACCUACCGACCCACUGGUGGGUGAGCAGAUCGUGACUCGCUCCUUCCCCGUCGCCUCUCUGACCAAGGAGAAGAGAAUCUCCGUCACACUAUCCAUGGACCAGUUUGUUCAGGAGGGGCUCCAGUUACGAUCCUGCACCUUCCAGCUACUAAAAAUUGCCUUUGAUGAGGAGGUUGCAUCUGAUCUGGCUGAAAGCUUUAGGAAACACCUCCACAAGCUGCGUUAUCCUCAGCACGUACAGGGAACCUUCGCCUUUACUGUGGGUCAGAGUGCCAAGAUGCUGGAGCCCAAGGACAAGGACAAGAACCAGUCCCUAAAAACACUUUCAAAAAACUUGGUGAAAAGUGCCAAGAGAACCAUCAGCCGGCAGUACGUGACCAGGAAGAAGUACACUCCCCCCAGCUGGGAGAACCGGAGCAGCUUCCAGUCAGAGCUGGAUGAGGAUGAAAUCUCAGUCUCAGAGGAAGUGGAUCAAAGCGCCCUCACCCUCUCCUCCACCAUUCGCUCUUCAGACAGACAGACCAUGAGUAACGUCGUGGAGCGUGCCUGUUGCCGUGACUACCAGCGUCUUGGUCUGGGCACGCUCAGCAACAGCCUGACGCGUUCUAAGAACGAGCCCUUCAGGAUUUCCACUGUCAAUCGCAUGUACACCGUCUGCAGAAGCUACCCCGGCCUGCUGAUCAUCCCUCAGAGCAUCCCAGACUCCACCAUCCAUCGGAUCUGCCGCUGCUAUCGACAGAAUCGCUUCCCUGUCGUGUGCUGGAGGCAUUCACGCACCAAGGCUGUCCUGCUGCGCUCCGCAGGCCUUCAUGCCAAGGGGGUGGUGAGCUUCUUCAAGUCCCCCAACGCUCCCACUGCAGUUCCAUCGCAGGCGGACUCACCCAGUCUGGAGCAGGAGAAGUACCUACACGCCAUCAUCAGCUCCAUGCCAUCUUACAGCGAGAGCAGCGGCAGGAACACACUGAGCGGCUUCACAUCCACACAUAUGAACACCUCUGACUCAUCAGAUAAGCUGCGACAGCCCAAGGUUGUGGAUCUGAUGAAGCAGGUGUUGGGCAACAGGGAAGAUGUUCCUGGAACUUUCAGCAGAGGAGCUCUGGGUCAAAAGGCCAAAGUCACCUCCCUCUCUCAUUCCAAAGUGUCUGGCAAGGGCAGGAGCCCUCAUGGAGGGAAAUGGGGCAGUAUCCGAGGCAGCGGGCGUCUAAGUGCCUACAACCCAGAAGUGGGGACACGUCUGGCCGGAAAAGAAUCUCCACAACCCAACGGGGGGCUUAGCGAAGCGUUGUUUCUCCGUCAGCAGAAAGCCUACCUCUACAUCAUCGGGGACAAGGCUCAGCUCAAGGGUGGAAAGCAGGAGUCGUUCCAGCAGUGGGAGGUGAUCCCCAUCGAGGUGUGUGAYGUGCGGCAGGUGAAGAACAGCUUCAAGAAGCUGGUGAAGGCCUGCGUGCCCAGCUCCCCGUCGUCUGACCCCAACAUGAGCUUCCUGCGCCUCCUGGAGGACUCGGAGUGGAUGGUCCUGCUGCACAAGGUGCUGCAGGUGUCGGUGCUGGUGGUGGAGCUUCUGGACACGGGCUCGUCGGUCAUGGUCAGCCUAGAGGACGGCUGGGACGUUACCACACAGGUGGUGUCCCUGGUGCAGCUGCUGUGUGACCCCUACUACAGAACCUUGGAUGGUUUCCGGCUGCUGGUGGAGAAGGAGUGGCUGUCGUUCGGUCACAGGUUCAGCCACCGCGGAGCUCAGACGCUGGGCAGCCAGAGCAGCGGCUUCACCCCCAUCUUCCUGCAGUUCCUGGACUGUGUUCACCAGAUCCACCACCAGUUCCCCAUGGAGUUCGAGUUCAGCCAGUAUUACCUGAAGUUCUUGGCCUACCAUUAUGUGUCCAACCGCUUCCGCACCUUCCUGCUGGACUCUGACUACGACCGCAUCGAGCUGGGCGUGCUGUACGAGGAGAAGGGCGACAGGAAGAAUCCUCAGGUGUGCAAGUCUGUGUGGGACUACAUCGACAGACUCAACAAGAAAACUCCCAUCUUCUACAACUACAUGUUUUCUCCUGAAGAUGAGGAGGUGUUGAGGCCGUACUCCUUCAUCUCCAACCUGAAGGUGUGGGACUUCUUCCUGGAAGAGACCCUGUCGGAGGGGCCAUCGUACGACUGGGAGUUGAGGGGCUGGCAGGAGUGCGAGGCGGAGGAGGCGGCUGAGAAACCGGACACCAGCGCCCCCAAGUCCCAGCGGCGCAUGGUGUGGCCGUGCUACGACAACACGAACAAGGUGCUGCCCGACGCCAUCACCAAGCUGCUGCGCGACCUGGAAAGACUGGAGGCCGAACUGGGACAGACCUCUGACAAGUGGAAGGACACGUGGGACAAAAUCAAGACCGGGCAGAGGACUGAGACCAAACUGGAAAGCAAGCCGUCGUUCUCCAGCUCCCUGCUGAUGUCGUCUAACCUCAGCCACCAGAGGCGUUCCCAGGGCGUCUGCCUGCAGGAGAGCGGCGUAAGGUCCUCCAUAAGUCUAGGUCUGGACGGUGAGGCCCGCGCCACAUCCACGCCCGCCACGAGUCGGCAGACCAGCACGCUGUACAGCCAGUUCCAGAGCAGUGAGAAUGAAAACAGGAGUUUUGAAGGCAUUUUGUACAAGAAAGGAGCUUUGUUGAAACCGUGGAAACCACGCUGGUUUGUUCUGGAUAAAACAAAACAUGAGCUAAGAUACUACGACUCCAGACAGGACAAAGAGUGUAAAGGAGUCAUAGACCUGUCUGAUGUCCUGUUGAUCACUGCAGGGAUGCCUGCCUUGGGAGCGCCCAAAAACAUYGAGGAGAAAGCCUUCUUUGAUAUCAAGACGAACAGGCGAGUGUACAACUUCUGCGCCCAGGAUGGAGCGACCUGCCAGCUGUGGAUGGACAAUAUUCAGAGCAACCUGUCGGACGGCUAAAGACGAGGUGGACUCACAAACAAACAAACAAACAAACAAAUGGCGAGAAAGGAACAGAGUGCUGCUGCAGCUGCUGGGUAAUCCCAGCAGAGAGGAGGGGAAGGGGCCUUUCACCACUCUGCUCUGUUCACUAGUGUUGGACUAAUAAUUUUAUGUUACAUUCUUAAAGCUUCUUUUGUUAUAAAAUAAGAAAAUAAAAAAAUAAAAAAUGGAAUCCCAGAAGGGCCACCUCCCCAACAGUCUGAGCACAAACCCACUUCGAGCGUUUCUGAGACGUCCUGCAGCACGAAGACCCUUCCAGACCCUCCACCUCUAACCACCAACUGCUCCUUCUGUAACUAACCCCGCCCCCAGCCCCGCCCCUUUCAGUCACACUGGAGAGGAAUGACGGAGGUGCUGCAGUCAGAAACUUGAUCUGAGACCACACCUGCCCCUCUGCUCUCACUGCCUGACGCAGCUCCGGUCUCCAACGGUUCAUGAAGGAUCUCCUCUUUUGUUUUUUUCUUUUUUUUCAUCUUUUCCAGUCGAAAAUGUGCGCCCGACAGGAAACAGCGUCUCAUUCAGCUGUCCUCCGAGGACGGCGACAUACUGUGAAAGCCAUGAAUCAAACGGUGAGAGGUUUCCGCUCUGUACUCAAAAGUGUUUACAAAAACCAGAGCCGCCUCGCCGAGGUCAGUUCUGCUCUGCUCCCCCCCCCACAACCACUAGUCUUCAUCAGCUGGGAGUUCAGGGAGGCUGAAGGGAAAAGCCGGGGAUUGUGAAAUGUUUGAAAAGCAUCAUAUGGAGGUGAGGAAGGCGAUGGAGAUACUAAUGAACAGUGAUAUUAUGGGAUGUCUGACAGUAUUUGUUGUUGCAGUGCAUUGGAAAUGAGCUGGAAAAGGAAAAACAGCUUUUGUUUGUUUUUUUUUCCCCCUCCUCUUUUACCUGAGUAGUAUUUAGAGUCGGGUCAGGAGCUGAUCUGGACUUCUGUAGCGUCACAAAUCAUUUUWAGUGUUUCUACUUCACAGAACUGAACAAUCAAGUCUCUCUGUAGGUUUUAGCCUCACCUGUGGAACCGGACGGACUCAUAACAGGAGCUGGACCCAAGGUCUGCAACCUUUACGAUCCCCAGAACCACCUCUGCACCUCGUCCCAUCAAAUAUUUAAAAUCUGCUUCUGAAAUCAACAGGCUGUUCAGAACCAAAAACUGAGCAAGUUUUUUUUGUUUGUUUUUUUCUCUCAUUUAGUCCUAAAAAAACAACUUUCUGAUGUUUUACUGUCAGUGAAAUUCGAGUUUUUAUAAGUUAAAGUUUUUCUGUUGACUCAGCGUUCUACUUUUAUCAGGCGAUAACAUCAACUCUUACCAAAAUUUYGGACUUUAUGGUCAAAACUGAGAAAACAAAAUAUUUCAGAAUUGUUUUUAUUGAUGGAGCUGAACAUUUAUCAGAUGUUUUCAAAUUUAAAAAUAAGCAAAAAAAAACAAUAAAUUUUAAGUAUUAAUGGAAAAUUAACACUAAUUUUUACCAACAAAUUAGUGUCAUCGUACAUUCUUUGACUAAACAUACAAGUUGAGACAAUUUGGAUAUUUAGACAGGUUUUAUUUUACAAUGACUGAUUCAUUUCCCUAAAAUUUUACUUUUUUCGUAUUUUUUUUCCUCCUUUCUUACUUUAAUUUUUGUUAAAAGUUUAAUUUUCUCUUCAUGACUGAAAAUUAAAAUAAGUGGCUAAAAAACUAGAAAAUGACCACAUCGACUCAUUUUUAUGUUAUUCUUGGCCUCUGCAGAGGAACCAAAGAGCCCCACAUGGCCCCAGAGCCACAGGUUGCAGACCACUGGUCCAGGGACAUAAAGGUAGAACCAUAAACUGAAGGGUUUGUUCCAGAACCACUCGGCCCAGUUUUAAAACAAACCCAAUGUAAAAUACACUCAGAACCGAAAAGUGGAAACUGUAGAUUUUGUUGUGUCUAAUAACUCUUUUGUAUAUACUACUACAGAUUUGUAACAUUUAUGGUAGUAAUUUAUUUAACUUGUCUCCUCAGUAAAAAAAAAAAAAAAAAGAACCUCAAGCGUCACUUUGUUUAAAUUAGGAAUUCAAUGUGCCAUUUAUUUCUGUAUUAAUGUGACUAAUUCUUUUUUUCUUUAUUAGGAAAACAGAAUGUUUUUUGUACACAAUUCUUUUAACAUUUGUUCAGCUUCAUGAAGACUUCCUGAGGAAAGGUUCUGCUGACGAGUUCAUCCACUAAACUAUUCAAUGGGGGAAAAUAAAGAGUUUGUAUCUCAUUAAAACAUUAAAACAGAUUUUUGGCCAAAAGUAAAGCAGCCAAACAAUUGAAGUGAUGUCUUUGGCAGAUUUCAGCUCAUAAAUGUUGUCAGCAGUGUUCAAUAUUGAACCUGAGGCCUACAUUCCUGUUAGCGUUGUGCUUUCUUACCUUGAACACUUAGAAGUUCUAAUCUGGUCCAAACCGGCUUCAGGUGACCGUAGCAGAACCCAAACACUGCAGUCAGAUUCAGUCGGAACCAGGAGACAUUUUCACUUCAGUUUACUCACCUGUGUUAACUCAGCAUAAACUAAAUUAUUCCCAAAUUAACAUCUUUUUUUAAUGACCUUUUGAGCCAGGUUUUGUUAUCGACCAUGUCAGUAUAGUUUUUUAGAAUCUAAAUAAAUACUAUGGGUUGAAAUCUUAA